AAAAGGACGUGGCAAGUAAAGCGCUCACUUCCUGUGUUUUGCUGGCGUGUUGACAUCACAAAUGAUCUAAUUCAUUACCAAACGGAUAUCAACCCGGAUCUUUUGGGGCCAGUUCUGAAUUCAUCUCGCAGGUUGGAGUCUAAGUGAGGAACACGCGGAAGUGGUACAUAAGGAGCGCCUGAUUGGCGCUCAGUGGCCGGAGACGGAGAUGAUGGCCAGGCUUGUGUUGGUGAUGAUCGGUGGGCUUCUGGAGCUGUGCCUCAGCGUUUUAGCACACGGUGACGAUCAGCCCUUCUUCACCGAUGAAAUUCCUUUUAAAAUCACAUGGCCCGGGCCGGAAAUCACACCGCCCACGUCGGGGGCACUUUACAAGGAAGACAACUUUGUCAUCAUGACCACGAUAGAGAAAGAGAAGUACAAAUGCCUCCUACCUUCAGUGACCUCUGGAGAAGAGGACGAUGAGAAGGAAUACAGCGGGCCAAGUCCAUCUGAACUUCUGGAGCCUCUGUUCAAACGAAGCAGCUGCUCAUACAGAAUCGAAUCCUACUGGACGUAUGAAGUAUGUCACGGAAAACAUGUCAGGCAGUAUCAUGAAGAGAAGGAGAUGGGACAGAAAGUAAAUGUUCAGGAGUACUUCUUGGGAAAUUUAUCAGGGAAGAGAAAAGGAAAAGAAAUGGCCAAAGUAGAAGAGACAGACAUGGCUCAGUCAGCACCCGAAACCGAAGUGCAGUCUAAGAACAUCGAAGGUCAGCUGACUCCAUAUUACUCACUGGAAAUGGGAAACGGGACACCCUGUGCGCUGAAAGAGGACAAGCCGCGCUCCACGUCCGUGCAGUACGUGUGUCACCCGGAGGCCAAACAUGAGAUUCUGUCCAUCGCUGAGGUCACCUCAUGCGAGUAUGAGAUGGUGGUGCUGACCCCUUUGCUCUGUGCGCACCCUAAAUACAGGUUUAAGUCAUCUCCGGUUAACGCCAUCUUGUGCCAGGCGCUGGCUGGCUCGCCGCUGCGGCCUCAGCGUCUUGCCCAGCUGAACAAGGAGCAGGAGGCGCAGCUUAAGCCUCCUUUCAGCACCACUGCAGAGCACAGAGAGGAGGUAGCGGCGCCACCAACAAGAGAGAAAGCCUUCACACACAAACCCACUCACAUAUCGCGCCUGACAGACGAGCAGCUGGUCAGGGAGUUCCUUAGCGGCUCCUACUGUUUACACGGGGGGGUCGGAUGGUGGAAAUAUGAAUUCUGUUAUGGAAAACACGUUCAUCAGUACCAUGAGGAAAAAGAGCAAGCCAAGAACAUUGUGGUGGUUGGUAGCUGGAAUGCCAAGGAACACAUUGAGUGGUCCAAGAAGAACGUGGCUCGAUCUUACCAGCUAAAAGACAGUGGAAUGCCGAAAGUCAAGCUGGUCUCCCAUUUCUACGGCCAUGGCGAUGUAUGCGAUCUGACAGGAAAGCCGCGUCAAGUUAUUGUGAAAUUAAAAUGCAAAGAGUCCGAGUCUCCCCAUGCGGUCACCGUCUAUAUGCUGGAACCUCAGACUUGCCAAUACGUCCUCGGGGUUGAAUCUUCAGUCAUAUGCAGUAUUCUUAACUCGGCCGAUGAACACGGGCUUCUGUCCAUUUCCAGCUAAACGGUCCAAAGAGGAGGAGAAGGCCAAGUAGUGAAGAGCCAAGCAUACGAAUGGUCAUAAUGCAACGCUUAAGACCAACAAAGGUUCAAACUGUGGUGAUUUUGAAGCUGGACUUGAGGUUGCUGAGGAGCUCCAGAGACAAUUCAGAUGUCAUGAUCUGAGCGGUGGCUGAGCGGUGGAACAAACCACAAGACUGCUUCACCCAACUGGGUUGUAGCUUAAAUAAAUUGCUCAAGGACAAUGCGGAUUUAUUGUCCAUAUUACAUAUCUCUACCAGAAUGAUUUUAUAAUGUACAAGAUCAUGAUUCACUGUGUGGGAGAGAAAUUGCAAAUGGUUGCCGGAUACUUUGCACUUGUAGUCUUAAAAAUUUUUGCAAUAGUGAGGUGUGAGGAGUGUAACUUAUGCAUCGGUGGGUGUUUUCAAAUCGCUAAUACAAUCGAUUAAAUCUUGUUUUUAACUUUA